GCGGGUCCCUGGGUCCACAGUAGAAGCAUUGCUAGAACAGCAGAUACCUCACAGACACGCGGAGUCCUGUCCAUCCACAAUGUGGCUCUACCCUCUGGUCUGGCUUUCUCUUGUUGCUUGCACAGCUUGGGGGCACCCGUCCUCACCACCCGUGGUGAACACUGUUCAUGGCAAAGUCCUGGGGAAGUAUGUCAGUUUAAAAGGAUUCGCACAGCCUGUGGCCGUCUUCCUCGGAGUCCCCUUUGCCAAGCCUCCUCUUGGAUCCCUGAGGUUUGCUCCACCACAGCCUGCAGAGCCCUGGAGCUUCGUGAAGAACACCACCUCCUACCCUCCUAUGUGCUCCCAAGAUGCAGUUGGAGGACAGGUGCUCUCAGAACUUUUCACCAACAGAAAGGAGAACAUCCCUCUACAGUUCUCUGAAGACUGUCUCUAUUUGAAUAUAUACACUCCUGCCGACUUGACAAAGAACAGCCGGCUGCCAGUGAUGGUGUGGAUCCACGGAGGAGGACUGGUAGUGGGUGGGGCAUCCACCUAUGAUGGACUGGCCCUCUCUGCCCACGAAAAUGUGGUGGUGGUGACCAUUCAGUACCGCCUUGGCAUUUGGGGAUUCUUCAGCACAGGGGAUGAACACAGCAAGGGCAACUGGGGUCUCUUGGACCAGGUGGCUGCACUACGCUGGGUCCAGGACAACAUUGCCAAGUUUGGGGGCAACCCAGGCUCUGUAACCAUCUUCGGAGAGUCAGCAGGAGGUUUCAGUGUCUCUGCUCUUGUGCUGUCUCCUCUGGCCAAGAACCUCUUCCACAGGGCCAUUUCUGAGAGUGCUGUGGUCCUCACGUCUGCUAUGUUUACAGAAAAUGUCAAGCCCAUUGCUGAGCUGGUUGCUACUCUUUCUGGAUGUAAAACAACCACAUCAGCUGUUAUGGUUCAUUGCCUUCGCCAGAAGACAGAGGAAGAACUCAUGGAGACCUCACAAAAAAUGAAUCUUUUCAAACUGGACUUAGUUGGAAACCCAAAAGAGACCUAUCCCUUCCUCCCUACUGUGGUUGAUGGAGUGUUCCUGCCAAAGACUCCAGAAGAGGUCCUGGCUGAGAAGAGCUUCAACACUGUCCCCUACAUGGUGGGCAUCAACAAGCAAGAGUUUGGCUGGAUCAUUCCAAUGCUUAUGGGCUAUCCACUCUCUGACGGCAAACUGGACCAGAAGACAGCCAAUUCCCUCUUGUGGCAGUCCUACCCAAUGCUUAAAAUUCCUGAGAAUCUGAUUCAAGUGGCUGCUGAUAAGUAUUUAGAAUGGACAGACGACCCUGCCAAAAAGAAAAACAUGUUCCUAGACAUAUUUGCAGAUGUGAUAUUCAACAUCCCAUCAGUGAUGGUGUCUCGUGGCCACAGAGAUGCUGGGGCUCCCACCUACAUGUAUGAGUUUGAGUAUCGCCCAAGCUUUGUAUCAAACAUGAGACCCAAGGCAGUGAUAGGAGACCAUGGUGAUGAACUCUUCUCAGUAUUUGGAUCUCCGUUUUUAAAAGAUGGCGCCUCAGAAGAGGAGAUCAAUCUCAGCAAGACGGUGAUGAAAUUCUGGGCCAACUUUGCUCGCAAUGGGAACCCUAAUGGAAGAGGGCUGCCCCAUUGGCCAGAAUAUGACCAGAAGGAAGGCUACAUGAAGCUUGGCACCUCGAUCCAGGCAGCCCACAGACUGAAAGACGUGGAAGUGGUUUUUUGGACUGAACUCAGGGCCAAGGAGGCAGCAGAGAGGGCAACACACAGAGAGCAUGCUGAGCUCUGAUCAGGAGGUCCAGCCAUGUUUGAGAGCCUGGAGCCAAGAAACAUGUAUGCCACAGAUGAUUCUGCAGAGGAACAAGGCUUCUUAUCUUUGAGGCUAUACAACUGUAUGUUAUUUUAUACAAAUGCAUUAAAGAGGAUCCUUACUGCUUCAACUUGUAAAAAUAAAACAUUGUUUUGGAAAUCAAAA